CAACAAAAUCGAAAUGCCAAUUAAAUUUGGGAUUAAAGAAUUAAGGGAGAAAUGCUGAUGCAGGAGCAGACACCGAGCUAGGUGGAUCCGAUUCCGACUAUUAACCCCUCAAAUCGCAAAGUUCUCUAUUCUAAUCGGAGAUCUUCAACUUUUCUUCACCCAUUUCUGCCUAUCUGAAUUUUGCAUCUCCUUCAACUUCAAUUGAACUCGCAUGUUUCAAUCGGAUUGUUUACUGUAAUUGCAUCGACUUAUAGCGGGUGUAGGGUAGCUGGAAUUGUUCUCCGAUGGAGUGGGCCACUGUGCACCAUCUGGAUCUACGGCAUACUGGUCGGAGCUCCAAACCCUUACAGCCCCAUGCCGCUGCAUUCCACCCGACUCAGGCGGUCGUCUCCGCCGCCAUCGGCACUCAUAUCAUAGAGUUCGAUGCUUAUACUGGGGCUAAGAUCGCGUCUGUGGACAUAGGCUCACCGGUUGUUCGCAUGGCUUAUAGCCCCACGGCUGGCCAUUCGCUCGUUGCGGUGCUUGAGGAUUGUACGAUCCGUUCCUGUGACUUUGACACUGAGCAAACCUGUGUUUUGCAUUCACCUGAAAAGAGGACUGAACAGAUAUCAAUUGACACUGAAGUCCAUCUCGCAUUGACUCCUCUUCAGCCUGUAGUGUUUUUCGGUUUCCAUAAGAAGAUGAGUGUGACAGUUGUUGGAACCAUGGUAGGUGGGAAAGCACCCACCAAAAUAAAGACCGACCUGAAGAAACCUAUUGUCAAUCUUGCUUGCCAUCCCCGUCUUCCAGUUUUGUAUGUGGCUUAUCAAGACGGUUUAGUUCGAGCUUACAAUAUCCAGUCAUACGCUGUUCUGUAUACUCUACAACUUGAUAACACCAUCAAGCUACAGGGUGCUGGAGCAUUUGCAUUUCAUCCAAAACUGGAAUGGAUAUUUGUAGGUGACAGACGAGGUACAAUUUUGGCGUGGGAUGUUUCCACCGAAAGACCUAUAAUGAUCGGAAUUACACAGGCAGGCUCACAACCAAUCACAUCACUUUCCUGGCUCCCAAUGUUGCGAUUGCUUGUCACGUUAUCAAAAGACGGAAGUGUUCAAGUCUGGAAAACACGCGUAGUUGUGAAUCCCAACAGACCACCAAUGCAAGCAAAUUUCUUUGAGCCUGCUGCUGUCGAAUCCAUCGACAUCCCUCGUGUUCUAUCUCAGCAAGGAGGAGAGGCUGUUUAUCCUCUCCCUCGAAUAAGGGCUUUAGAAGUUCACCCAAAAUUGAAUCUAGCAACAUUACUUUUUGCUGGAAUGGCUGGGGGAGAUAACCGCAAGAAUCGAGCUGCUUAUACUAGAGAAGGUCGGAAACAACUGUUUGCUGUUUUGCAAAGCGCAAGGGGAUCUUCAGCAUCUGUCUUAAAGGAAAAACUAGCAUCCCUGGGUUCUUCUGGUAUAUUAGCUGAUCAUCAACUGCAAGCUCAACUUCAAGAGCAUCAUAUGAAAGGUCAAAGCCAGCUUACAAUUUCUGACGUGGCGAGGAAGGCUUUUCUUUACAGUCAUUUUAUGGAAGGCAAUGCAAAGAGUGCUCCGAUAUCCCGAUUACCUCUCGUUACCAUUAUGGACACAAAAAAUCAUUUGCGAGACUUUCCUAUUUGUCAGCCAUUUCACCUGGAAUUAAAUUUCUUCAGUAAAGAGAACCGGGUUCUGCACUAUCCUGUCAGGGCUUUUUAUAUUGAAGGGACAAAUCUCAUGGCGUAUAAUCUUACUUCUGGAAAUGAAAGUAUCUAUAAGAAACUUUAUACUUCGAUACCUGGAAAUGUAGAAAAUAAUCCAAAAUACAUUAUUUAUAGUAAAAAGCAGCACAUAUUUCUUGUAGUAUAUGAGUUAAGUGGUGCUACGAAUGAGGUAGUGCUGUACUGGGAGAACACAGAUCCUCAGUUUGCAAAUAGUAAAGUUACCACAGUAAAAGGUGCAGAUGCAGCCUUCGUUGGUUCUAAUGAAAAUCAAUUUGCAAUUCUGGACGAGGAUAAGACUACACUUUCCUUGUAUAUAUUGCCAGGGGCUGGCUCUCAAGAAUCCGUUGAGAAAAAUUUAACUGCUUCUGAAAACCAGUCGGAGGAAACUGAAACCUCUUCUAUUAAGGGUCCCAUGCAGUUUAUGUUUGAGAGUGAAGUUGAUCGCAUCUUUUCUACUCCUCUAGAGUCAACUUUGUUAAUUGCUUCUCAUGGAGAUCAGAUUGCUUUGGCCAAACUUAUUCUAGGAUACCGUCUUCCUAGCACAGAUGGGCAUUACAUCUCAACAAAAGCUGAAGGGCGGAAAUCGAUUAAAUUGAAAGCAAAUGAGGUGGUACUUCAGGUACAAUGGCAAGAAACACUUAGGGGCUUUGUUGCUGGUAUAUUGACCACACAACGUGUGCUCAUUGUUACAGCUGAUUUAGAUGUAUUGGCCAGUUCUUCCACAAAAUUUGAUAAAGGACUUCCUCCAUUUAGAUCCCUGUUGUGGCUUGGACCAGCACUUCUCUUUUCUACUUCUACUUCCAUUAAUGUGCUGGGUUGGGAUGGAAAAGUUAGAACAAUCCUUUCAAUUAGCAUGCCUAAUGCAGUGCUGCUUGGAGCUUUAAAUGACCGCCUGCUGCUUGCAAUCUCCAGUGAUAUCAAUGUUAGUCAAAAGAAGAAAUUUGAGAUCAAACAUUGCCUUGCGGGGCUACUUGAACCUCUUCUCAUUGGAUAUGCAACAAUGCAACAAUGUUUUGAGCAGAAAAUCGAUUUGUCUGAAGUACUAUACCAAAUAACAUCAAGGUUUGAUAGCUUGCGUAUUACUCCAAGAUCACUUGAUAUUCUCGCUAGCGGCUCUCCAGUUUGUGGUGAUCUUGCUGUAUCACUAUCUCAAUCAGGCCUGCAAUUCACACAGGUAUUGAGGGGAAUAUAUGCAAUCAAAGCACUUCGUUUUUCUACUGCUUUAUCUGCCUUGAAAGAUGAGUUUCUGCGAUCAAGAGAUUAUCCUAGAUGCCCCCCAACCUCACAUUUGUUCCAUCGGUUCCGGCAGUUGGGAUAUGCAUGUAUCAGAUACGGACAGUUUGAUAGUGCAAAGGAGACUUUUGAAGUUAUCUCAGACUUUGAGAGCAUGCUUGAUCUAUUUAUAUGCCACCUUAACCCUAGUGCAAUGCGGCAUCUUGCCCAGAAGCUGGAGGAAGAUGGUGCUGAUUCAGAGUUGAGGAGAUACUGUGAUAGGAUCUUGAGAGUCCGCUCAACUGGGUGGACACAAGGAAUCUUUGCAAACUUUGCUGCUGAAAGUAUGGUUCCUAAAGGACGUGAAUGGGGCGGUGGGAACUGGGAAAUCAAGACACCUACUAACUUGAAGGACAUACCUCAGUGGGCACUAGCUGCUGAGGUGAUGCCUUACAUGAAAACUGACGAUGGAACCAUCCCAUCCAUUGUCACAGAUCGUAUUGGUGUUUAUCUUGGUUUGGUCAAGGGAAGAGGUAAUGUUGUUGAGGUGAGAGAAGACAGUUUGGUGAAAGCAAUUAAAGCUGAUAGUGGUAUCAAGGCUAAUGGUCUCCAGGCAGCUCUUGCUGCCUCAGUAUCAGACAAACCCAAAGUUCCCUUGGAUGGUGAAUCCAAGGCUGGUUCUCUCAUGGGUCUAGAAACUCUCUCACAACAGUUUACUGGUUCCAGUGCUAUAGAUGCUCAGGCAAAGGCUGAAGAAGAAUUUAAGAAAUCACUAUAUGGUACUGCAGCUGAUGGUAGCAGCAGUGACGAGGAGGGAACUUCAAAAAUCAAGAAGUUGCAAAUUAGGAUCCGAGACAAAGCAGUUGCAUCUGCAACAGUAGAUGUGAACAAAAUUAAAGAAGCAACUAAGCAGUUACGCCUGCCAAUUGGUUUGACCAAGUCAUUAACUGGUUCAUCGCCAGAUUUGGGUGCACUUGUACCUCAACCCACCCCAGCUACCACGGGAACCCUCACAAGUCAAGCUUCUCUCCCUGGAGAUCUUUUUGGAACCAGCACAUUGGUUCAGGGGCCAACUUCAUCACAGACUACCUCCAUGGGUCCAAGUUCUGGAAGUAAUGCUAGGCCAAUACCAGAAGACUUUUUCCAGAAUACAAUAUCAUCCCUUCAGGUUGCAGCAUCACUCCCUCCUGCUGGGACUAUCCUUACAAGACUAGAUCAAAAUCCUCAAGGACAAGGUAUUGCAAACAACAAGGUCCCAGCUAACCAGGGUAGUGCACCUGCAGUUGAGAUUGGUCUACCAGAUGGUGGGGUACCCCCCCAAGCUACUCAACAACCCAUUCAAUAUCAGCCCAUUGGGUUUCCAGAUGGCGGCAUACCUCCCCAGGUGUCUCCUCAAGCUGCUCCACCUCAACAACAGUUCCAGACGGCACAACUUCCAGUGUCUAGUCAGCCUCUCGAUCUCAGCUCACUUGAAGCUCCAGGAUCAGAAGCAUCUGCAAAAGCUUCACGCGCAGCUUCUCCUCCAAAAGCUGUACGUCCUGGGCAGGUUCCUCGUGGUGCCGCAGCUGCAGUUUGUUUUAAGACUGGACUUGCUCACCUGGAACAAAAUCAACUUUCAGAUGCGUUGUCCUGUUUUGAUGAGGCUUUCUUAGCUCUGGCAAAGGAUCAAUCUCGUGGAGCUGACAUAAAAGCGCAAGCUACAAUUUGUGCACAAUACAAGAUUGCAGUAACCCUUCUCCAGGAAAUAAACCGACUGCAACGAGUCCAAGGCCCCAGUGCAAUUAGUGCAAAAGAUGAGAUGGCCAGGCUGUCUCGCCAUUUGGGUUCGUUGCCACUUCUUGCGAAGCACAGGAUAAACUGUAUUCGGACUGCCAUAAAAAGAAACAUGGAUGUGCAGAACUACGCGUAUGCAAAGCAGAUGCUCGAGUUACUCUUGUCUAAAGCACCCGCUGGUAAGCAAGAUGAAUUGAGAAGCCUGAUUGACAUGUGUCUUCAGAGGGGUUUAUCGAACAAGUCCAUAGAUCCCCUGGAAGACCCCUCACAGUUCUGUGCUGCUACACUUAGCCGUCUAUCUACCAUUGGUUAUGAUGUCUGCGAUCUCUGUGGUGCUAAGUUCUCUGCUUUGUCGACACCUGGCUGCAUCAUCUGUGGCAUGGGCAGCAUUAAAAGGUCAGAUGCCAUUGCUGGCCCUGUUCCUUCGCCAUUUGGCUGAGCUAAAUUACUGAAUCGUUUGAGGCUGUCUGCGACUUGUACCCAAAAUUCCGUCGUUACGUCGACUAGUAGUGGUUUUUUUGAGUAUUUUUUGUUCACCUCAUAUUUUUUUUCCAUUUGUAAAUUUAUGAUAGGACGAUGUUUCGUCAUUGCUCCCUGUUUAUAUAUGUUGUAGUACAACCCUUUUCGUGUUUUCAUUGUUGUAUUACUACAUUUGUAAUUUCUGUUAUUUCAGGUUGAGUUUUCGGGUUACUGGUACCA